AUGGCCGGAACCGAGGUCUUCGACACUCUCAAGCAAUUCACCAAAAUCAAAGAGGUGGUGCCAGUGAAAGCCCGGGAGGAGGGGGGUGGAGUGCGCAGGGCACUGGAGCCCCCAAGUCCUGGGGAGGUGGAAGCCGAGCGCACCCAUGGGGCCCUGCUGACCAAGACCCCCGAAGGAGAGCCGGAGCUGGUGCUGGCCGCCACGGAGGACGGCGGGAGACACAUCCUGACCCUGCAGCCGGUGCACCCCGCCUUCGACAACGCCGGACUGCCGGAGGUCGGCUGGCUGACGCCGCAGUACCCGGAGGGGGUGCAGGUGACGGUGCAGCAGGCCGGCAGCGCGGUGCCGUCGCUGCUGUGGGUCCGGGAGGGGGCCCAGCAGAGCCUGCACCAGUGCGUGGCCAUCAGCACGCAGGACAAGGUGUACUCGCUGCAGGAUAUGCAAAUGAUGCAGCUGCACGUGCUGCAGGGCGGGGCGGUGGCCGCUGAAGACGGCGCGCGCGCGGAGAGCCCGCCUGAGAGCCCGGGAUGGAUGAAGGAGGAAGACCCGCCGCCCGCCGAAGGAGGCCUCGAGAAGACUCAGAAGCAGUUCUUUCUGGUGGAAGCGAGGCCCGGAGAGGAGGGGAGGAACGAAAUCAUUCUGACAGUUUCGGACUUGAACGUGGAACACACCGAGGACCGGCCCGCGCCUGUUCCACCGCUCGUGGGACGGGCCGGCUCUCCGAAGCCUCAGAGAGACACCAAGGGGGUCCCCCAGACCUUCCACUGCGACUCCUGCCUGUUCACAACGCCCCGGAUUUCCAGUUUGAAUCGCCACGUGAAGACGCACAGCAACGAGAGGCCCCACACCUGCCACCUGUGCCUGAAAGCCUUCCGCACGGUCACGCUCCUGCGGAACCACAUCAACACCCAUACAGGAACCCGGCCCUACAAGUGCGGUGACUGUGACAUGGCCUUCGUCACCAGCGGAGAGCUGGUCCGGCACAGGCGUUACAAACACACCCACGAGAAGCCGUUCAAAUGCUCCCUGUGCAAGUACGCCAGCGUGGAAGCGAGCAAGCUGAAGCGCCACAUCCGCUCGCACACCGGGGAGCGCCCCUACCAGUGCCAGCUGUGCAGCUACGCCAGCAAGGACACCCACAAGCUGAAACGGCACAUGAGGACGCACUCAGGGGAGAAGCCCUACGAAUGCCACCUGUGCCACGCGCGCUUCACCCAGAGAGGCACCAUGAAAAUACACAUCGAGCAGAAGCACAACAACAGCAUCCCCAAGUACCAGUGUCCCCACUGCGCCGCCAGCAUCUCGAGGAAGAGCGACCUGCGGGUGCACCUGUACAACCUGCACAGCUACAGAGCCACGGAGAUGGGGUGCCGCUACUGCCCGGCCGUGUUCCACGAGCGCUACAGCCUCCUGCAGCACCAGAAGACGCACAGGAACGAGAAGAAGUUCAAGUGCAUGUACUGCAGCUACGCCUGCAAGCAGGAGCGCCACCUGACGGUGCACACCCGGACCCACACCGGCGAGAAGCCGUUCGCCUGUGGCUCCUGCAACCAGCGGUUCCGGCAGAAGCAGCUUCUGACCGUUCACGUCAAGAAGCACCACGACACGGAGUACAUCCCGGCUGUGCACGCGUGUCCCAAGUGCGGCAGGGGCUUCUCCCGCUGGACCAACCUGCGGAGACACGCCGAGAAGUGUGUGGGGGGAGAGGACCCGGCCGCCCCCUCGGGGACGGGAAGAAGGAUGAGGACGAGGAAGCCAGCCGGCCCGCAAGACGCGGCGAAGGAAGACGAAGCCGCUGCCGAGGGAGCCUCCGCGGCGACCGGAGACCAGUGCCCGGGAGAGGAGGCUCCUGCCGCCUACGGAGAAGCCUCCACGGCCGCCGGGAUGGAGGACCUGGACGGGGACAUGACCUGCGAGAUGAUCCUCAACAUGCUGUCCCAGUGAGGGGGCGGGCGUCCUGCCGCCGCCACCUCCCGGC